CGAGACAGUACGAUCGCGCGGUAGUUGAGUCCUGACUAACAGUCCGCGUGUUACCUCGAACCGUUAAACAGGUGUUGUGUUUUCAGAAUCUUCGUUAAUACAAAAUAAUAUAUACAUAUAUAUAAUAUAUAUAUAUGUAUAUGUAUAUAUAUAUAACGGUGACGUUUAUGAACGAAAUAUGCAUUCGUGAAUUUUAAAAGCUUAGAAAAGACGAACCAAAAAGCGAAGAAAUCGAAAAAAGACGAAAGAAAGAAAAAAUAAAAAAGAAAAUAAACGAAGGUUCGUCUAAUUGAAUCUGCGUCGUUGUAGAGAUCGUUGGAAGAAAGAACUUACCACGAGAUUAAAAGAGAAUCGAAGGAAAAAUGCGUUAGACGAAGGAAGCCAAUGAUAUUCGUUGGAUCAGCGUAGCUGAUCUAUCGAAAACGUGGCGGGUGUCGAUCCUAAGUUAUCGAGGGACGACGAUAUUGAGGGAAGGUUCUCAGGAACCCGGCAAAUGUGGCUCUGUGCACGGUGAGCCGAGGUUACGGGGGCCGUGGGGCCCGUGGCGGGGGUGGUGUAGGUGGUAGUGGCGUUGGAAAUAAUAGUAAUAAUAAUAGUACUGGUGGUGUAGGUAGUGUUGGUAGUGGUAGUGGUGGUGGUGGCGGUGGUGGUGGUGGUGGUGGUAUUGGUAGUGGAUUAGGAAGUAGCAGAAGUGGACGAGAUAGUGGUCGAUUUGAAAGAUCGAGAGAGGCAAGCGUGAGAUUGCCAUUGAGUCCUCGCACUUUGUGCGCUCCAGGAAGUGGCGGGGGUGGUGGUGGUGGGGGAGGAGGAGGAGGAGGUGGAACUGGCCCACUAGCUGGGACCCAGACGCAUGGGCACGUUCAGCAAACUGGUGGUGGGGGGCCGGGGACUGGUGGAGGUGGUACCACUGGUACUACUGCCUCACCUGAAGAAGUUCAAGCCCUUCAAGACGAACCUAUGCUACAUGUUGAAAGACCAGCACAACAAGGAACUUGGAUUUGCUGUGUUCCAUGUUAUUGGCUUAGAAAAAGUAAAGCCGUACAUAAGGCUUUGCUCACCUUCGCCAUGUUACUCGUUACCAGUCUACUUGUCACUAGUCCUGUUCUCUUUCUUAUCACUACUUUACCCGAAGGGGAACAACCACGUGAUUGUGCGCCAUUGGACGAGGCAUGUAUUAGAGAACGAGACGGUCCGGAAGGUAUUUGCGAAACGAAGGCCUGCAUAGAAGCCUCGAAUAGGAUCUUGGCUUCAAUGAAAAGAGGUGUGGAUCCUUGCAAGGACUUUUAUCAGUUUGCCUGCGGUGGUUUUCGCGAUCAACAGCCCUAUCAACCAAGUUCGAGUUUCAAUAUGUUGCAGGCACAAAUCGACGAACAUAUUCAUAAAAUGUUAAUAAACGAAACCGGUCGAAUGGUUGGUGUCUUCGAGAAGCUGGGUCAUUUCUACGUUAGUUGUCUUGGGUUCAAGGAGAAGCCUGUCAACUUUACACCUGUUUACGAACUUCUUCAAGAACUUGGUGGUUAUUUACCGCCAAAGAGUGUCGUCCCAGUUGACAUAACUCCAUUGGUCUCGACACUUCUUAGAGUGAAUGGUGCACCCCUCUUUGAUUUGUACGUUGACGUCGAUCUUUAUGAUCGUUCUAGAUCCUCAGUUUUUCUCGAUCUACCAACCAGGUAUCAAGAUGAUGGCCUCUUUGCGGAAAAUCUGGAGGAUAUACCAAAAUGGCGUAAGACGAUGUUAAUGUACGAGAAAAGAAGAAAAAGAUCGGUCCAUGAAGAGAGUCAAGCAUAUAUGAUGAUAAAGAGCAAGAGGGAGGAACGAAGAUCUCGCAGACUUCAGAAGAUCGUCGAAGGAAUGCUGCCAAAGACGAUGAGUCCCAAAGAACGUUCGUCUGAGAAGGAUUUGUUGUUGCAAUUUUGCUUGUCACUCAGUAAGAUUUAUCCGAAGCACAAGGAUUUAUACAAUUGGGUGGAUGUCGAUCAAAGAGUUUACGUUCCUUUCAAUAUGACUUAUCUUCAGGAAAGCUUUGGUUAUAUAAGGUGGGGGACGCUAUUGAAUGCCACGUUAGGCGCUGCCACUGCCGAUUUAUUCAAUCGCAAUAAAACGCUGGAUCGUGAUCGACGAUUUAACACGGACGAUCAAAUGAUCUACGUUUACGUCACUGCUCCCCGUUAUUUUCGUAGCCUUGGAAAAUUACUCAACAGAUUUUCGAGACGGAUUAUAUAUAAUGGAUUGCUGCUGCUUUACGCUGCUGAUACAUUGCACGAUAUCGUAAACGUGACUGCCAGUAAGGAUUGGGACAAUUCCUGUUAUAAAUUGACGAAGAAUAUUUUUGGAGAAUUCGUUGGUGCUUUAUAUGUUCAGCAAUACAGUACAGAAUAUUUGGAGACCUUAGGGAAUAGAGUUGGUGGAUUAUUCGAAAGAGUUAAGGAAACUGUCGCAGAACGAAUUUUAGUAAAAUCUUGGCUCGAUGAAGAAACGAGAACGCAGGCAUUACUUAAACUUAGAACGUUGCAAGGAAGAUUUCACGUGUGGCCUGGUUUUAACAACGACACAUUAUUGGCUCAUGAUAUGGCCGAGGUUGUGAUCGAUCCUGACAACUUUUUCUUUACGGUACUACGAAGAUUCAAACAAAUUCGUACCGUUGACGAUAAAGUUUUACGAAGAAAUGUCACUGAAAAACGCCGUCAUCCUUAUACAGUGAAUGCUUAUUACGAAUCGUCAACGAAUACGAUUGGAAUACCUUUGGCCAUGAUGACUUCCUGGGCAUGGUCUUGGGAUGGUGGUCCAGCUUAUGCUGUUCACGCAACUCUUGGAUCAGUAGUCGCCCAUGAAAUACUUCAUGCCUUCGAUCUCCAUCGUCGUCGCUUGCCUCUCGAUCCUGAUCUAAACGUCGAUCAAUGGUUAUGGAUCACCACAGAAUCUUGGAAACGACUCGAGGCUAGAAUCGAGUGUGUUGCUAAGCUUUAUGCAAGAAGUUUUUGGCGGAAAGUUCAGUUUUAUGGAAACGAUGUUGCCGUUCAGUUUGACUGGAAUGUAACGAGAAAUGAAAAUGUUGCUGAUAUAGGGGCCUUGCAAAUAUCUCAUAAAACUUGGCAUUCAUUAACCAACGGAAAGGAUCGAAGUCUUCCUGGCUUGGAAGGACUUCGAUCUAGCCAACUUUUUUUCAUAAGCGCCGCCCAGACUUAUUGUUCUAACAUGACUGCCGAGGCCUAUAUCCUCUCUGUUGAACUUGAUUAUCAUACUCCUCAACCUGAAAGGGUCAAUGGUAUAAUGAUGAACUCACAAGCAUUUGCGGAAGCAUUUCGCUGUCCGAUUGGAUCUAAAAUGAAUCCUGUGAGUAAAUGCACUACUUGGUGACAAUAGGGCAAUGAGAACGGUCGGACACCAUGAUAAUUAUGAGAUUAUGUCAGCUGUAUGGACUCGGCUCAACGAAGCGCGCCUUUUUUUUUCGAGAGAGAGAGACACGUCGUUUGGUAUAAGAAUUUAAAAAAAAAAAAAAAAAAAAAGAAAAAAGAAAAGAAACGAAUCACAAGACAAAAAAAAAGAUAAGAAAACAAAACCUUUUGAGGAGAAAAGCUUUUUUUUUUUUUUUUUUUUUGACGAAACGUAGUGUCUUUUUUUUUUGAUACUUUUGGGAAUCGUCAAAAAUUGUUCCUUCGUUGAAAUCCAUCGAUUCAGGCCGAUAAGCAUAAAAGAGAAUAAUUCUUUGAUGAAAUUCUCAAAGAUCGAUGGAACGAUCGAUACGAUGGGAUCGAUAAGCUUAUUUAGUAUGUAACGAACGGCAAUACGUUUUUUGUCGUAUUAAAGGCUGUUUUAAAAUGCCAUCGAUGUUAUUUCUCUAUUUAAGGCGCUUUAGGAUUUUAGGUUAUAAUAGUGAAAGCAAUAAAAUUUAAUGAUGAUAAGAGAUGUAUGAAAUAAAAAAAUGUGAAAAAGAGAAAGAGAGAAAGAAAGAGGAAGGAGAUGAAAGUAUGUAUGUACAAAAAGUAAAGUGUGUAUGUAUAUAUAUAUUGUUAACGCGCAAGAAAAGAUGAAAAAAUUUAGAAGCUAAUUUGUUUGUUCAGAUUGCAUUUUUGUAGGUAUGAAGGAAUGAUCAUUCUAAUUGGGAAUCAACAAAUUCAAUUAGAAAAUAAUCUAAGCCAUAUUUAGUAUAAUUGAGAAAAUAGUUACGUAAGACAAUGUUUUCCAAACAUAUAAUUAUAAUACCGUAAGAAUAAUAUUUUACUUUAAAAUAUAAUGAUAAUUAUUAUAUAAAAAUUAUAUUAUAUAUACAAAAAGAUUUAUUUUAAAAAGAUUAUAUUUAAUAAAAUAUAAUUUAUAGUCAGAUAAUCUCGUUGAAAUUUUAUUUGGAAUUAAAAAAUUUAUUAUAUUUAUUAAUAAUUUGAUAUAAUCAAUGAUCCAUUAUAAUUAUAUUCUAAUAGUUUGGAAAACAUUGACAUGUAAUGAGUCAUGGAUUUUCGUUUGCGCAAAAGCAAUUGCUACAAAUGAAUUCUUGAGAGAUAUUAAAAGUGAUCGUAUAUCAUUAAUGCCGUCGACAAGUUAUCCUCAGAUAUAAUUAUUUCAUGUUUAAUCAUAGAUUUGAAAACCAUAGAUCUGUUAGGUAUUAUAUAUUAUAAGGGAAUUAUAAGUAAUUUAAUUCUUUUCCAGCACCGAUUGUCUUCGUUUUCAUUAGUCCACGAUCAAUUGUGUAAAUAAUACGUACUGUGUAAAGCAUUAAAAUAUUUACUUCUUGAUUUAUA